UAUUAGAAUCGAGAGUUAGACGUUGGUUAGCAUUAGUUUAUUGAAUAUUAAAACCAGUCGUAAAAGCUAAACUAAUUCUGCGAUUUUUUAUAUUUUCCAUUUCCAAAUAAUCUUUUGAAUAAAGUACUUAUUUUCAUCAUGUCUGAUGAGGAAUUACCUAAAGGAUGGGAAAAACGAAUGAGUCGUUCUACUGGACAAUCAUAUUACUUGAAUAUCUAUACUAAAGAAAGUCAGUGGGAUAGACCUACUAAACCUGCUGAACCUGGGGCAAGUUUAGGUUGUGGAGGCCCUGUUGAUCAAGUGAGAUGCAGCCAUUUGCUUGUUAAACACAGAGACUCAAGGCGUCCAUCAUCAUGGCGAGAAGAAAAUAUUACAAGAACUAAAGAAGAAGCUUUGGAAAUCAUUGAAGGAUUCAGAGAACAGCUAAUAUCAGGAAAGUCAACUUUUGAAGAUCUUGCAUCAAAAUUUAGUGACUGUAGUUCUGCCAAAAGAGGAGGAGAUUUGGGUCUUUUUGGACGAGGAGCCAUGCAAAAGCCAUUUGAAGAUGCUUCCUUUGCUUUAAAAGUUGGAGAAUUGAGUAAACCUAUUAUUACUGAUUCUGGUGUUCAUUUAAUUAUUAGAACUGCUUAAGAACAUUCCUGUUAUGUGAUGUUGUCAAAACUUGUUGCUUUGUUAUUUAGAUUAGGCAUAGCUUAACUAAUAUGAAAAUAUGGUUGAGAAGUUGUCAAAUUCUAAAUAGUUUAAAAAAAGUAUUUUUCCAUGGAGAUUCUGUAGAACAGUUUCAAAUACCAGAUUGUUGGUUUUUACAAACCAUUUUCCCACUCGAUUUACAAGGUGAUAAUGUAUACUAUAAAUUUCACUUUUGUCAUUCCUAGUGUGAAUCUGUGUAGAAAAACAAAUAAAUUUGAAAAUUAACUAAUUCAAUUAUCCUAUGAGUAAAAUGUUUUGAUUCAAUUUAUGCUGUAAAUUUUUCAUUCAAUCAUAUAGCUGCCAUAAAUUGCUAUGUGAUUUGAUUUAUUUUGUGUGUAUGUUUUUUUUUAAUUAACUGUAUUGUAAUGUAAAAUGAUCAUUUUAGAAUAAAAAAUAUAUGAAACAAAAAUAAUACUCAAGUAAGCAGUUAAAUUUAUUUGGUAUUUUCACUUGAUUUAAAUAAUUGACAUGUUUCUCAGCUGCUAAUUCAUUGACUUUUGUCCAAUAACUUAAAAGGAUAGCCUGAGGUCAUUUUUUUAUUUUUAUUUUAAUGCAGUUGUGAUUGCAAUUUUACAUUGAAUUGUGUUUUCAAUGUGUUUGAUUAACACAGCACGAAAUAUGAACACAUUUAUCUUUUAAAUAUUGCAACACAUUUUUCUAAUAAAUAAAUGAGUGAUAUAUAAUAAUCCUCCGGAAGUUUCACAAGUUCCUUUUGAAGGCCAAAAUAAAUAUUUUGAUUUAAUGAUAAUAGUAUGACAGUUUAUAAAUUGUUUGGCAAGUUUGAAAUGUCUUCUUAGAAAGUGAAAAUAAAUGUUUAGUUAAGUUAGCCACUGGCAAUUUAUUAUAAAAUUAAAGGCUUCUAUCAUAUAUGUAAAAAAAAAUGAAUAUUUUAUUGCAUGUCAUUAAAAGGCAAAUGUAUAAUUUAGUAUAAUAGGAUUCAAAAUUUUUAUGAUUAUAUCUGGAAAAUGAAAAUGUACAUUUCUUCCAAUUUUCAUAUGUGGCCGCGCAAUAACUAUUUUGAUAAUUUAUUAGCUCUAAUUUUGGUAUCUACACUAUUUUUUUCUCUAAACUUAAAUAAAAAAUUUUAAAAACAACAAUUAUCUAUAAUUGUUACUUUCAGGCAGAUAUAUAAACAAAGAAUAUUUAAUUUUGUUAUUGAAUGUGGUUACAUGUAUUUUAUAUGUGUAAUUUUUUUCUAUUUUUUCUAGUCUUGUAUGUCUGUUACGUAUUUUUAUGUGCAUUUCUCAGAUUUACUGAAUACUGAAGUGGAUUUAUCAUUGUUUCUUUUCUAUGAGGCAUAAUCUUUGUGCACUAUUUAUAGCUUAUAUCAAAUUUGAUUCAUAUUUUAGGUAUUCAUUAGUGCAUUAGGUUAAAUAGCUCAUACAUAUCAGUGUAGAUGCUUUUCUAAAAAAUGUAUAAAAUUUCAUUUACUCAUUCCAUCCUGAAAUUAAAGAAGUUUUAAUCUUAGUAGGAUAGUUAAGGAAAUAUUUUCUAUUUCUAUAGAAUCACUUGUUAUUUGUCAUAAUCAUUCUAUGCAAAUCUUUGAGUAUUGCUCUAUGCAGUCGAGCCAAUGUUUCUAUUCUAUUAGGUUUGGACUAAUAGUUCAAAGGAUUUUUCAUAGAAUCGGGUAUUAUUUAGUAUAUUUACAAAUAUUAAGGCCUUUAGAAAAUAGUAUAGUAUUUUGGCAUUUAAUCACGAAACUAUAGGUUUAGCUCUUAAUGGCAGUGGUAGUUUAUAAUAGUAUUUAAUAUUUUAAAAUUAAAAAUGCUUUUAAGUCAUAUUUUUUAAAAAGACAUUAUCUUACAAUUUAGCUUAAGAUUUUCGUAAGUUAUGUUGUUUGUUGUCAUACAGCUGUAGGCUAAUUCCUGAGAAUCAGGAAUUUCAUAUGUAAUUGUCAUAAAUAUUUGCAAUGUUAUGGUUUUAAUAUUAAAGAAACAGUUGUUGAUGAUAAAGUAAAUAUUUUGCUAUACAUCUUAGUUUUUGGUAACUAAAUAUUUUUUGUAUUGAAAAUGCAAACUUGUUCAAUUUUGUUUUUGUGUACUUUUCUUUUGUAUAUUUUUUGCUACAGACUCUUAUGACGUCCAAUGCUGCAUGUCAUAAAAUUUUUAAUAAUAAUUUCUUAUAUUACCAUAAAAUGUUUUUUUAAAAAAUUUGUGUUCCUUUUUGUCUUGCAGUAUUGUAAAAAAUGUUUGAGAACUGAUCCAAUAAAAGGUUAUGUUGAUCAA